ACGGCUUGAUAUAUUUUCACGUAUAUUGACGUGAAAGCUACUCAAUACUAUCGUAUAAUAAUUCGCCACCGCCAGAUAUAUUUGAUGAUGAGAAGUGUACUUGUGUGAAUAAAGUAUUAUUUUAAUUUUCAAAUCAUGUUAAAGGAUAAAGGACAAGUCACUUUUGAGGAUAAAUGGCCUGCUAUGCGGCCAAUAGUCUUGAAACUUCUCAAGCAGGAGCCAGUUACGCAAACAGAAUGGCAAGAUCUCUUUGGUUCUGUUCAUUCUGUAUGCUUAUGGGACGAGAGAGGGCCAUAUAAGCUAAGGGAUGCUUUGCAGCAGGAUAUAAUGAUGUAUAUAAAACAGGCUCAAAACCGCGUACUGGCUCAGCGGGAAGACCAAGCCCUUCUCAAGGCUUACAUCGCAGAAUGGGGAAAGUUUUUUACUCAGUGCAACUAUUUACCAACUCCUUUUCGACAGUUAGAAAACUCUAUCAACAAUGUAAGCAAGGUUGCUAGUUCUAAUGCAUCCAGUACUCAAAAAAAGAAUAACAACAACAAUAUUGAGGAUAGUUUGGUCAGGAAACUAAUGUUAGACUCAUGGAAUCAAAGCAUCUUUGUGGAUAUUAAACAGAGAUUGCAAGAUUCUGCAAUGAAGCUUGUACAAGCUGAACGUAAUGGUGAAUCUUUUGACUCACAAUUGGUCAUUGGUGUAAGGGAAUCUUAUGUUAAUUUGUGCUCUAACUCUGUGGAUAAACUUCAAAUAUACAGAGAAAAUUUUGAAGCUGCCUACAUGCAAGCAACAGAAGAGUUUUACAAACUAAAAGCUAGUGAACAAUUGUUGGCUAAUGGAGUCCAAUCUUACAUGAAGUAUGCUGAUCAACGUCUGAAGGAAGAAGAAGCUCGAGCCCAUAGAUACUUGGAGCCAGGAAGUGGCAGUGUGGCAGCACUUACACAGUGUUGUGAGAAGGUUUUAAUUGGAGAACACCUUCCCACACUACUUGCAGAGAGUGCACCUUUGAUAAAAGCUGGUCAAACAGAAAAAUUACAACUUAUGUUCCGUUUACUUGACAGAGUCCCAGAAGGAGUUACACCAAUUUUAAGAGAUCUAGAGGCACACAUAGUGUCUGCAGGAUUGGCUGAUAUGGUUGCUUCAGCAGAUAUUAUCACUUCUGAUUCAGAAAAAUAUGUUGAACGCUUAUUAGAUUUGUUCAAACGGUUUAGCUCCUUAGCUAAAGAUGCAUUUCUGGAUGAUCCAAGGUUUUUAACAGCUAGAGACAAGGCUUACAAAUGUGUUGUAAAUGAUACCACAGUUUUUAAGUUGGAGCUACCAUCUUCUGCUCUAAUAAGGGGCAGCAAAGGCACAGCACCUGAGAGUAAAUGCCCAGAGCUCCUAGCAAACUACUGUGACAUGUUGCUAAGGAAGACUCCACUAAGUAAACGUUUAACAAGUGAACAGAUAGAAUCCAGGUUAAGAGAUGUACUUUUAGUUCUAAAGUAUAUAGAAAACAAGGAUGUCUUUAUGAGAUAUCACAAAGCACAUUUGACUCGAAGGUUAAUAUUAGAUUCUAGUGCAGAUUCUGAGAAGGAAGAGGACAUGGUGGAGUGGUUGAGAGAGGUGGGUAUGCCCGCAGACUAUGUAAACAAAUUGGCUCGAAUGUUUCAAGAUAUUAAGGUCAGUGAAGAUCUUAAUACUCAGUUUAGAGCAGACACUACUCGUCAUGAUGCUAUAAAUAUAAAAAUACUCAAUGCUGGAGCAUGGGCCCGUGGAUCUGAAAGAGUUACUGUUAGCCUUCCAUUAGAGUUAGAAGACUAUAUACCUGAAGUUGAAGACUUUUACAAGAAGAAACAUUCAGGGCGAAAGUUACAGUGGUAUCAUCAUAUGAGCAAUGGUACAAUCACUUUUGCUAAUUCUGUUGGUAGAUUCGAUUUGGAUGUUACUACAUUUCAAAUGGCAGUCUUGUUUGCAUGGAAUCAAAGACCGAUGGAGAAAAUAAGUUACGAAAACUUAAGACUUGCCACUGAGCUCCCUGAUCCAGAAUUAAGGAGGACUUUAUGGUCCCUUGUUGCAUUUCCAAAACUGAAAAGGCAGUUACUGUGUUAUGAACCAGCAGUUCAGAAUCCUAAGGAUUUUACAGAGAACACAACAUUCUGGGUAAAUCAAGAAUUUGCCCUAAUCAAAAAUGGUAAACCUCAACGUAGAGGCAAAAUAAACUUGAUUGGCAGGUUACAAUUGAGUACUGAGAGAUCUCAAAUAGAAGAUAAUCAUUCCAUUGUUCAACUUCGGAUAUUAAGGACUCAAGAAGCCAUCAUAAAGAUACUGAAAAUGAGAAAACGAAUUACAAAUACUGCUCUCCAGAGUGAAUUGGUUGAGAUUUUGAAGAACAUGUUCUUGCCCUCGAAGAAGAUGAUCAAGGAACAACUGGAAUGGCUCAUUGAACACAAAUAUAUGCGACGAGAUGACGAGGAUAUCAACACUUUUAUAUAUAUGGCCUAAAAUUCAUUAUUGCAAGCAUAAAUGAUCAAAAAUCAAAUAAAUUGUUUACCCAGAAAA